AUGACUACACUGUACUCUCCUUUUAGCGAGCACCAAGCCUGGUCCUACAUUCGACAGCACAUGAACGACAGCAUGACCCGCGCUUGUCUCAUCUCUCGCGCCAUUAUCGACUUGCUUGUUCAUCGCAUCUUCGUCUUUGAGGCUUGGCAGGGCUUCUCUGUUGACGCUGAUCGCCAGAUUGGUGAGAUACGUUAUGAGAUGAACAACCUCCCUGCUGGCCAAGGCGGUGCCCUCCAGGUUUGCAUUGACCGUGUCGCGGCGAUCGUCAACUCAUGCAUCAACCAUGAGCGCUACGACGCCUAUCGCAGCCACCGUAUCGAGUACUUCCAAGCCGAACUGCGCGAGAUGCUCGCUCCCCUCAUGCUGCCUGAGUCCGAGGGUGGUCCCAACUUGGAUGAUGCCGAUGAUGCUCUUCGUGACAUGAUCGAAAAGGCCUGGUCCAUCUCUGCGAAAAUGUUCACGUCACGCUGCACCUUUGAGUUUCGGUUUCCCGAUGCUGGCGCUCGCUUCAGCACUCAGACCAUGGUCGGUGUUGCACCCAACAUUGACCCUCACAUCCUCCAGGCUGAGCACUGGCGUGUUCAGUUGGUUGUCACCCCUGUCAUCACCGUUCGCAACGACACAGGCGCGACUAUCUCAGUCGCUUCUAUUACAAGGGCCCACGUCAUCUGCAUGAAAUGA